CUGGGCGGGGCAGGGACCGUCCUCUGAACGCUGUUGUGUAACAAGCCUCCGUUCACCAUGGAUUACACGGGGUUAUUGUGACAGACCAGGGUGACCCUGCGCUGGAAGACGAGGGCGCUGCGGGUGUGUGACAGGGAUCGGUAGGAUUCUGGUGCUGGGACAUCCUCUACAGUUUGUGUCUGCGUUACAGGUCUGCAGAAUGGGGUCCACGUGGCAGGCAGUCCACGAUUUCUACAUCUGGGCCUUGGAGAAUGGAGACAGCCGCACGGACCCCUGGCUCCUCGUUUACUCGCCCGUCCCUGUCAUCCUGAUCUUUACCAUCUACCUCAUUCUUGUGGCCCUAGGCCCUAAACUGAUGGAGGGGCGGGAAGCCUUCACCCUGCGCACCGUUCUCUUGAUCUAUAAUCUGGCUCUGGUGGCGCUGUCUGCCUACAUGUUUUAUGAGUUUCUGGUGACAUCGGUGCUGGCGGGAUACAGUUAUUACUGCCAGCCGGUGGACUACAGUAGCAGUGGGCUGGGCCUGCGGAUGGCCAGGGUCUGCUGGUGGUUCUUCUUCUCCAAAGUGAUUGAACUUCUGGACACAAUCUUCUUCAUUAUGAGGAAGAAGUUUACCCAGAUCUCGUUCCUCCAUGUAUAUCACCACGCCACCAUGAUCUUUAACUGGUGGGCUGGGGUCAAAUACGUGGCCGGGGGGCAGGCAUUUUUUAUAGGGAUGCUCAAUUCCUUUGUCCACAUCUUCAUGUACUUGUAUUACGCGCUCGCUGUGCUGGGGCCAUCGGUGCAGAAAUACCUGUGGUGGAAGCGCUACCUGACCGUCCUGCAGCUGACCCAGUUUGCAGCAAUUGCUCUUCACUCCGGAUACAACCUCUUCACAGACUGCCCGUUUCCUGAUGGGUUUAAUUCAGCCGUCUUCAUCUACAUCAUCACCUUGAUCAUACUGUUCCUCAACUUCUACUACCAGACCUACCUCCGCCGGCCACACAAGAAGAAGGCAUAAGCAUUCAGGGGCCACAUCUGAGGGGCCACAGAUCUUGCAAUAACUGUGUUCAGGGGCCGCUGAAGAGAUUUAGCCCCCGCCUGGUCUCAUAGAGGACAUGGGCCUGUGCAGAGCUGUGGUCUCUCCCUCCAAUGACAUCACUGACAUCAAUAAAUGUGUUUUUUGAGCGUA